ACAGCCUUGGAUGCGAAGCUAUCAACCAGUUGCACACAUUUGCAAGAGAGAAACAACCAGACAAAAGGUAACAGCAAAUAAUCCUCAUGGCAUCAGCAGGUCUGCAGUUCUUUGCUUUUACUCUAGCUUUAUUUGGCAUUUUUGGAGACAUCACAGCCACUCUCCUACCUAACUGGAAGGUAAAUGCAGAUGUUGGUUCAAAUAUCGUAACAGCUAUAACACAGAUGCAAGGACUUUGGAUGGACUGCACAUGGUACAGCACCGGGAUGUUUAGCUGUACCCUGAAAUAUUCCGUUCUCUCUCUCCCUGUCUACAUUCAGGCUGCACGGACGACCAUGGUACUGUCUUGUAUCCUAUCAGCCUUUGGGAUUUGCAUCACUACAGUUGGAAUGAAAUGCACAAAGUUGGGAGGGGACACUGACAGCAAAAGCCACACUUGUUUUGCUGGAGGAGUCUGCUUUGUUCUUUCAGGAAUCUUUGGAUUAGUACCAACAUCUUGGUACACAAGAGAAAUAAUUUCAAAUUUUCUGGACACAACCAUUCCAGAGAGCAGUAAACAUGAACCAGGAGGAGCUGUUUAUAUAGGAUUCAUUUCAGCAGGGUUUCUGCUUAUUGCAGGUGUGACCUUCUGCACUUCCUGUUUUAAAAAGCAGCAAGGACCAUGGAUUUACCCUGCAAAACAGCAACAUUUCCCAUCCACAGAGCAAGAGAACAGUGCAGGUUACAACCUAAAAGACUAUGUGUAAAUAUGGUUAUUUCUACUAGUUGAGGGUUUUUUGUGCUAAAUACAGUCUGCUUAUUUUAAAGAAUUUAUAAAAAUAACACAUUUUUUCAUAUGUCAAGGCUGCAAUUUUGUUUUAGCAAGGUAUUUUUAUAUUUAAUGACAUCAGCAAAAAGAAUGAGAUAGGAAACAAAGCUCAAGUCUGCUGCAAGAGUACUUUUUCUGAUGAUUUUUGCAAACUUGGUUCUUUUUGACUUUCCAAGUAAAAUUUACUGGAGAAAAAGGAAUCAUUUUAAACCAUAACUCUCAGCACUAUUAAAUUGAUGGCUCGUUAGAGCAAAGAUGCUUAAAAAUAUACUGCUACCUAUUUAAAAAAUCAGGCUAUCAGUAAUGUAUAAGGUGUGAUGAUGUAAUUUACUUUUUAUUCUUUACUUUAAUUGAGAUGUAAGUAAAAAAAGAAAAAAAAAAAGGAAACAUUUGCUGUCCAAGAAGCUCGGUUCAUUGUUUUUUAAGUAACAGACAUAUAUGCCUUUCAUUUUCCAUUCUCAAAUGCCUUGGCAACUAGAUUUCUUUCAAAAAAAAGAAAACGAAACAACCUCCGCCCCCAAACUCUUAACUGUAUUUUGUAUCUGCAUAUCAGGCGGAAGAAUUAACAGUACGAUUCAGAUAUUGCCAAAAAUGACUCUCCUGCCCCAAACUGCCACCCCCUGUGGGUUUCACUUUUAAUUGUUAAAGAAAUGUCUAUUGGGCAUUCUCCAAUUGCUACGAAUCUAUCACUACACAACGAAUGUAAGAUUUGAAGAGCAACACAAGAAUAGGAAUGUCACCACGACUAAGAAAACACCUGCAAACUUUAACACACAGGAUACAAACUAACUACAUACAAGAAAAAUCUGGAAGUGUUCUGGCUUAUACUUACUCAAAAUAGCUUUUAACAGCAGAAAUACUAGUUACCGUUUACCCAGUCUUGUACAUUUCCAGCCGUCUAAAAGAACUUUAUAGCUCCUAUUAAUUAUUUCAGUAGGCCCUGAUUCAGGCCCACUGCUACAUAUUCUAUUAUGGUAAACUGUAACAUACAAUGGUGAUAAAGAGACAGCUUCUUCAUUUAAAUGUAUUUUGUUAACUCCUUAAUUUGAUUAACAAUCUUGGAUCCUUUAACGUUUUCUUUCAGAAUACAGAAUUUGUUUCUUAUGGGGUCAUGACAGAGAAUGUCCUAUCUAAAUGCUUCCCUAAAUGAGAAACAAAUUCAUGUUAAUUUGCUAGCAUAUACAAGGAAAUGGAAAGAGGAAAGGAUGAAGGCCUUUAAAUCUAGGAAUAUGACAACACUGGACAACUCUUACAACAAAAGCAACUGCUAUUUAUUUUGCUUAUUCGUAUACAACUCUUAGUUCCCAGGUUAUUACCUUAAGUUCACCAAUAUACUACAAAGCAGCCAUAAUUUUAAAUAUACAGCUGGCAUAAAAGAGCUGUUGGAAAAAUUAAAAUCUUCUAUUAUAGCAUUUGAGAAAGUGAAACUUAUUUUCCACCCAAUAAUGCAAAGAGUCUUUGUUCUAAUAUCUAUAAGCUCUGAAUGGAACUUCAUCUUGCUUGUAUUACUAUUAUUAGAUAAUCAUUUUGAAUUCCUAUUUAUUCAUCAAGGAGCUUAUUUUGUACUAUUCCUAAUACUUGAUCAGCAGUUAUUCACUAAUACAGAGACUUAACUAUGAGCAAAACUCCAAAUUUUCUUUGUUUAGACACAUGGUGCGCAGCACCAUUCCGUUCCAUAACCAAAAGCUUAUUAUCUCUCAACCUUUACAGGUACUGUUGAAAUAAUUUUCAUUCCUUGGGCAAAUGAAGUAAACUACUCAUUCCCAAAAGCAUGCCUGUCAACCCUUAGUAAGAGGUCUGACAUAACACUAAUCUGUUAUCAUUGUUAAUAUGUGAAUUAAAACUGGCAUUUAUAAAACAAGAACCAAAAAAAUUUUAAUAUGAAGGCAUAGGAAAAAGGCAGUAACUUCAUAUUACAAGCAAAAAUGAAGUCUUCAUCAGUUACACAUGUAGCUCAAAUUUUUAUUGCUAAAACUACAUGCAUAAGUACCUGAAGUUCUUUGUAUACCUACGAAAUAAAACACGAGCAUUGAGCUAUUUCAUUCACAACACACUGCAACAGCCUUCCAAGAAAGGAGAGGUUCUAUCUGCAACUGUAGUAUCUAAAGCCACAUGUUAGUCUACUGCUAAAACAAACACGGACAACACUGAAGACAAAUCUACAACAGGAGUUUGAAGGAAAUAAAAUAUAGUGAAACAGGUGCCAGAUCUGUCUGAGUCGCUUGUACUUUAUGCUUUUGCAAUAUAGUCAGUAUUUGUUUUAACUCAAAGAAGUACAUUAAAUAAAUACAUUCUUGCC